AUGCCUCAAAACGAGUAUAUUGAGCUUCAUAAAAAGCGUUUCGGUGAGCGUUUAGAUGCUGCCGAAAAGAGAAGAAAGAAAGAGUCCAGAGAACACAAAGUGAUCUCCAAGAAGGCUCAAACUUUGAAGGGUCUCAAGGCCAAGCUUUUCAACAAGGAACGUUUCAAAGAGAAGAUUAGAAUGAAAAAGCUUAUUAAGGCUCACGAAGAAAAGGACGUCGAAGUCAAGACCGACUAAGUUAAGGAAGGUGCUGUCCCUACUUAUCUUCUCGACAGAGAAAAAACAGAUAACUCUAAAGUUCUUUCUAAUAUGAUAAAGCAAAAGAGAAAAGAAAAGGCUGGUAAAUGGUAAGUUCCUCUCCAAAAGGUUAAAGCCAUGACCGAAGCAGAAAUGUUCUAGGUUAUGAAAUCAGGUAAAAGAAAGAAAUUAGCAUGGAAGCGUAAAAUCAAUAAAGUUACUUUUGUCGGAGACAGUUUUACUCGUAAAGCACCUAAGUACGAACGUUACAUUCGUCCUACAGGUCUCCGUUUCAAGAAAGCUAAUGUUACUCACCCUGAAUUAAAAACCACUAUUCCCCUUGAAAUUCUUGGAGUUAAGAAGAAUCCUCAAAGUGCUUUAUAUACAAAUUUAGGUGUUAUUACUAAAGGUACUAUUUUAGAAGUAAAUGUUUCUGAAUUAGGUCUUGUUACUCAAACUGGUAAAGUUAUUUGGUCUAAGUAUGCUCAAGUACUUAACAACCCUGAAAACGAUGGUUGCAUUAAUGCAGUACUCUUGGUUUGA